UUCAAAUCCACUUCAAUACUUUCGAAGAUGACAACUUUGGACGAUAAAAUUCUCGGGUUAAAAACCCAAAAUUACGUAUCGAGCUCUGAAAGUGAAGGAGAAGAUGAGGAUUACAAAAUUUCAGGCGAUGAAGACCCUAGAGACGAUAACAUUGAUCUAAGCAACGUAGCAGCUCCUCCGGAUUUUCGACUCGAAGUUCCGAAGACAGGACCUAAAGGAGUCAUUCAAGACUAUCGUCGUUAUAAACAACUCGAGACUGAACAGCGGAAAGAAAAAGAGAAAGAAAUUACAGCAUUGGCACAGAAGUUUUCUGUCUCUUGCCAAAGCAGUCUUGAUGAUGAAAAAGAAAAAGAACUUCUCAAGGAGCUAGAGCUUGACACGGAUGAAUUCAUUCAACAAUACCACUUACAAAGAUUACUUCAGUUAAAAGAGGAACAGGAGAGAAGACUUCAGCUAAACAGUCCUAAAUUUGGAAAAGUAAUUUCAUUAGAAAACAAAGAUCAGUUUCUUGAUGCUGUGGAUAAAGAAAAUCCAAAUGUGAUUGUUGUGGUUCAUCUUUACAGUGAGGAUCUUCGAAGCUGUAGAGCCAUGAAUGGCUGUCUGCAAUGUUUAGCCCAGCAGUACUCCCUGGUGAAAUUUUGCAAGAUCAUUGCUAGGGAAACUGGUAUUAGCAGAAACUUUACAAAGGAAGGCCUCCCUGCUUUACUUGUUUACAAAGGUGGACAAACUAUUGGCAAUUUUGUUAAGCUGGAAGACACCUUUGGACAAGACUUCUUUGCUUCUGAUGUGGAGAGCUUCUUAAUUGAAAAUGACAUUUUAACUGAAGAAUUAGAAUGCCAGUUAACAGCAAGUGUGACAGCAAAAAAAGAGGAUGAUAAUAGUGAUUUAGAUAUAGAUUGAUAAUUUACACCAUUAUUUACAAAAUAGAUGCUUUAACUCUUUAAUAGCACUGCCUUCUUGUUAGCUCAAUUGGUUAGAACGCCAGAUUGUGUUGUGUGGGAGGUCGAGGGUUUGAGCCCUGGCCAGACCGAUACUCACGGUCUCAAAAUAACUGACUUUGCUACCUUUCUAUAAUAUCAAGAAAUGGAUAGAUAUUCUAGUCUUCUCGGAUAAGGACGAGUAAAC